AUGGGGAUAAGGAAGAGACUUGGAGCCAUGCUGAUGUUAAUGUGGAUUAUUCAAGGUGACACUCAAGGAGUGGAGAUCCCCACCAAAGAGCUGGAGGUGGUGAAAGGUCGGAUGGUGAUUCUACAGGCCUGGUACACCCCCAGUUUGGACAUCAGUAAAAACGUUGUCAUCUGGACCUUUGAGACCAACCAGUCUACUCCGGUUAUCAACUUCAGCUCAGGUAAAGUUGGUUAUGGCCAAAAUAUGUUCACCAAACGAGUGGGCUUCAGUGCAGGGAUGCCCUCAGCAAACCUCUCCAUCUACAUCAACAACACACAAGAGUCAGACAGCGGCCGCUACGUUUGCCAAGUCGUGGUCCCGGGAGGAGCUUUUAUUUCAGGACAGCUGAAGCUAAAUGUCAAAGUCCCACCGUCGCCCCCUAUCUGCACCAUGAGUGGGAACCCCGUAGUGAGGGGCAACGUGACACUCAGCUGUUCAUCCAAUCAAGGGAAACCCACUCCUCAAUACAAAUGGACCAAGUCUGCGCCGUUGUCUGAGGUCUUCUUCUCACCAAUGCAAAACGAGAGACAGGGCACCCUCCGCCUCAGAUCAGACACCUGCUCCAUAAACCUGGAGGUCGUCACCUCCUCAAAUGCAGGCAUGAUCGCAGCUGCCACUCUGGGCUCCAUCGUGGGACUGGUGGCCAUGGUUCUGUUUCUCAUAUUUAUCCUGAGGAGAAGAGGGGACUCUGAAGAGGAGACAGCCAAUGAGAUCAAGGAAGAUGCUCAGGCACCAAAGCGCGUUUCUUGGGCUAAAAGCAACACAGGAUCUGACAUCAUGUCUAAAAAUGGCACACUUUCGUCUAUAGCCACCAGUCCUCGGCCACGAGACCCCCCAAACUUUCACUACCCCUAUUCUCCAAUGCCAGCUUCAGACAGCAGCUCUGUCAUCAACGCCUACCAGCUCAGGCCUGGAGAGGCCAAUACUUUACAGGGACUUCCAGGUUACAACAUUGGAGGCACUACCCGCGUAAACCCAAGCCACCCCCCCACUGCAAACGGUGCACCCCCAUACAUGAUCCGCAGCCCUGGGAAUGGCUCCCCCUGCAGGCCAGAAGGCGCACAACCUCAAGUGGCACCCCCACUCAGCAUGUCUCCUCAGAUGAGCUCCUCCACCUUGACGCGUAUGGGCGCCGUAGCGGUGAUGGUACCUGCUCAAAGCCACGCAGGGUCUCUGGUUUAA